UCCACGCUGCUUCUAGCGGCACAGGCUCCGCGCGAGGAAGGAAGCCCGGUUGCCAAGGAAACGGGAAGACGCCAGGCAGCCGCCCCCACCGUCUCCGCCCCGAGAAAGGCCGGAGGCCGCAGCGGACAGCUGCCUCCGGGAGGAGAAGGAAGAGGGGCCUCAAGGAGGAGGGAAGACGUGAGGCCUGGGGAGGAAGAGGAGCCCAGGACUGGCCCCACGCACAAUUGAUGGGCGGUUCCUCUGCUGUGGGCCUGCUCGCCCGCUCUGCCCCACGGCCCCUUUAGUCCCUGGCAGGGGCCAAAAGUGCUGAUCCCCAAGGAGCAGCGGGGGUCCAUCUUUCUGUUUUUAACCCCACCGUUUUCUGAAAAGAGGGGUGCAGGCGUCAUUCGAUGCAGGUCGGGAACUAAGAACCAUGUUGCAUGAAGCAAGGGACAGGCAGAAGUUCGUCAGUGAUGUUCAGUAUCUGCGGGACAUGCAGCAUAAGGUGGACUCUGAAUAUCAGGCUUGUUUGAAACGACAGGAAUUCAAAAAAGACCCAAAUGAGAAGAAACAGGGUCCGCUAUGGGGGAAAGACGCAAGUGACAGAUCUCGGUUUUCAAGUGGGUCAUCGUCCAAACAGAGUUCCAGUGAGGAAGAUUCUUUAAGUGAACCACGAUCAAAUACCAAACUACCUAUGGCUAAGUGUGAGCCCAGACUUCCAGCCAUUGACCAAACAUUAGUCAAGCAAAAACACAAAAGUACCAUGACCUCAAAGAAGCCAGAGAGAGUGAGCCCCAGCAAACCCUCCCCAGUAGCACCAAAGAUUUUACCAAGGAAGAGGAGGCCAAACCUGGGGAGACUAACAGUGAGCCCCGAGAUGCACAGCCCAAGAGCAUCUGGAGAGAGAAGCAGACAGAAACCACAGCUGUCAGCAAAGGCGCCCCUGGGAGCAGAUUCAAUUGUCCAACAAGAAAGCCUGACGUGUGCAAACGAGACUAAGCUGAAGAGGCCAGUUCGGGAAAGGAGAAACUUAGCCUCAUCCUCAGAGCUCCUGAGAACAACUGGGAAGCCCCUGGAGAGACAGAAGAAAGGAGACCCAAGUGUUCGUCCCCAGAACGAGCCCCACGCUCCCCUCUCACAGACCUCCCAGCCAGUGAACAGUUCUCAAGUGCUAAGUGAGACCCUGGGACCUCCACUCCUACCCACCACUGUGGUAGGACCAAGAAGGGCACCAUUUAGGUUCCACGAUGAAGAUUUCUACUCUGCAUUAUCAUUAAACAGUGAACAAGAAAACUACGACACGGAAGAGGAAACCCACAUGGAAGAACAGCUUCUGCUGGUUGGGAUGCGUUCUCCUCCCAGCCAUAAGAGAAGCCGAUUUCUUGGGACAUCAGCCACUCAGAAUAGAAAUGUUGAGGAAGAUACUGAAAAUCUCAGGAGAAAUUUUGUAAGAUGGAGUGAGGCCAGCCCUGGAUCUCCAGGAAAAAGCAGUACCACAGAGCCAGCGUCAAAGCAGCCUUCUGCUGAGCAAAGGAUGCUUCAGGAUAGCAGGCUACAUGGGGAGUUGGCUAAAGAGAGCCCCAGUGGAGACCAAGAAGAUGAGAAGACUACUCUUUCAGGGGACGCCACAUCUAAUAAUGUCAUCCAAGACAGUGAGUCAGAUGGAGCCAGCAAUUGUCCUAUGGAAGACAGGCCCGAGGCUCACCAUCAGGAGAGAGACUGGCAAAACUACUUUCGUGGUUCUAGGAAUUCGUUCGACUGCUUACUAUCUGGGAGACCCACAGCUCCAAGGUCGUCCAUGAAUAUGUCUUACAACACUCAUGGGCCACUGCUACAUUCUGCUCUGAUAGAUGACAUCCCGGCCAGCUUGUCCAUGUCAUCUAUACUAGUCCCCAGUUCAGACAUGGAGGAAAACCUGAGGUUCAAUGUACGGCGGCCACUCUCACCGAUCAGAAAUAGGAAUCCCCUGGCUACUGCCGAGAUCCACACUGAUGACAUCCGGGAAGAAGAGGCUUCAACAAGCCAAGCUCAGGAGGUCCCACUAUUGGCAGCAGAUCUUCCAGAUCCUCAAAGCAGUGAGACUUUGGGGAACUCUCCCAGCUCUUCUACAAGAGGACAUUUACAAGGCCAUUUCUACAUGCCUGGGUCCCUGCCAGAAAACAUACCUUUUACUUUCUUUGCAGUGUCUGAUUUUCCAAAUCAGAGUGACCACGAGGACACUGUUAGCAUCUCUGGCGUCACAGAUGGAAAGGGGACCACAGAAAUAAAGGCAGACCCCGAGAAACUCAGGAAAUUGCAAGAAAGUCUCCUGGAGGAGGACUCGGAGGAGGAGGGAGACUUGUGUCGCAUCUGUCAGAUAGCCGGGGGUUCCCCAACCAACCCCCUUCUGGAGCCAUGUGGCUGUGUGGGGAGCCUGCAGUUCGUUCACCAAGAGUGCCUGAAAAAGUGGCUGAAAGUGAAAAUAACAUCAGGAGCAGAUCUGGGUACCGUGAAGACCUGUGAGAUGUGCAAACAAGGCCUUCUGGUUGACCUGGAUGACUUCAACAUGACUGAAUUCUACCACAAGCACCAGCAAUCCCGGGCACAGAGUGAGCUGAUGAACUCCGGCUUGUAUCUGGUGCUGCUGCUUCAUCUGUAUGAGCAGAGGUUCGCAGAACUCAUGACACUCAACUACAGGAGGGCUUCCAGAGAGAGGUUGUCAAGAAAUUACCCACAACCCAGACCGGAAGAAAAUGAAAGUUCCGAGUCGGGAGAUGGUAAUGAAAGCAGUGUUUACCCAGGCCGGGUCAUCUAGUGAGGAGUGCCGCAGAGACCUCUCCACCCAGAUGCCCUUUCUCCGCCCCCUGUGCUUCCCUUCUUCCCUCCUCUUUACUGAAACUGAAGCCAGUGUGUUCUCAGUUACCAUUCUGACUUGUGCCACGCCAUUCGGGGGUCUAGCUUGAGCAUCCAUGGGCAGACAGAGGGACCAACCUCG